CCACCAAACUCGAUAUUGUUUAAUCCGCCCUGAGGCCGGAACUCAAGAGCUCAGGCUUGGGUCCGGAAGUAGUAUUCCACUCGACCUCAUUUUACUAGCGGCUGAAUUUCCGGUGGCAGCGGCGGGAAACCGCUGGUGCUUCUGUCUAGGCCUCUGAGGAGGGGAAUCCGGCGCGAAUCCGGGCCAUCAGAACCGCCACCAUGACGGUGGGCAAGAGCAGCAAGAUGCUGCAGCACAUUGACUACAGGAUGAGGUGCAUCCUGCAAGAUGGCCGCAUCUUCAUUGGCACCUUCAAGGCUUUCGACAAGCACAUGAAUCUGAUCCUUUGUGACUGCGAUGAAUUCAGGAAGAUCAAGCCAAAAAACUCUAAGCAAGCUGAAAGAGAGGAGAAACGAGUCCUUGGUCUGGUGCUGCUUCGAGGGGAGAACCUGGUCUCGAUGACCGUUGAAGGACCUCCUCCCAAAGAUACUGGCAUUGCCCGAGUGCCACUUGCAGGAGCUGCUGGGGGCCCAGGAAUUGGUAGGGCUGCGGGUAGAGGAAUCCCAGCUGGUGUUCCCAUGCCACAGGCUCCUGCAGGACUUGCUGGGCCAGUCCGUGGGGUUGGUGGGCCAUCUCAGCAGGUGAUGACGCCACAAGGAAGAGGCACUGUUGCGGCUGCUGCGGCUGCUGCCACAGCUAGUAUUGCAGGAGCUCCAACUCAGUAUCCACCUGGCCGUGGGGGUCCUCCCCCACCUAUGGGCCGAGGUGCUCCCCCUCCAGGCAUGAUGGGUCCUCCUCCUGGCAUGCGGCCACCUAUGGGUCCCCCAAUGGGGAUCCCUCCUGGACGAGGGACUCCUAUGGGCAUGCCCCCUCCAGGGAUGCGGCCCCCUCCCCCAGGUAUGCGAGGCCUUCUUUGACCUUGGCCAGAGUUAUGGAAGUAGCUCCACAGAAGCAUGUAACCACAGACCUGUUUGUUUGUUAUGCUGUUGUUCGAGGAGUCUCACCGGAUUGUCUGGUUUCCCUUACAGGGCCCCCUCCCCCGGGAAUGCGCCCACCAAGGCCCUAGACUCAUCUUGACCCUCCUGUGCUCCCUGCCUGUUUCCUGUGAGGCUGUACAUAGUUCUUUUAUUUCCUUGUGGCCUAUGAAACUGAUUUAUAAUAAACUCUUUUAAGAGAAUAGUAUAAAUGCA